GCAUUAGCGAUCCCCCGCAACGGCCAUGGGGAACACCGUGACGCUGCACAGCGCGUGCGAGUAUGGGGACCUAGCGGAGGUGCAUCGUCUGCUCGAGACAGCGACAGCCGAGGAGCUCGAAGCCACGGACGACAGCGGACGCACACCAUUGCUCCUGGCCGUCGCCAGCUUGAAGCAUCUGCGCGAGCAUCACGAGCUGGUGGACGACUUCGACGACCUGCAUGGAUUUGGGGACAGUGACGAGGAAAUAGAGACCACCGCUCGAACUCAAGAACAUAAUGUGGCUGAAAGUAGCAACAGCGAGACCGAGGAGGCCGUGAAUGAGGUCAGAGAUGACGCAGAUCUGGAGCUCAUGCCUAAAGAAGCCGAGAUCCUGCAUCUGCUGCUGCAGCGGAGAGUUAACGUGGAUCAUAAGGAUGAGAACGGUUGGACAGCGCUACACCACGCGUGCUACGUGCAGAACGCAGUGGCCAUCAAGAUGCUGAUCCAUGCAGGGGCGAAACCAAUGAGAGAAAGUUACGGCUUGUUACCGCAGGAUUUACUACAAAGAGGACACAUGUCUGAGUGGGUCGCUCAAGCACAGGAGCUGAAAGAAGCUCUGGACCAGAUCACAAACAAGACCGCCUACGCGAUCAAACUCCUGGCAUUUCGACCAAGCGGAAUAGUGCAGCUGGAUAUGGGCGGACAGGUCGAGAAAGGGUCGUUUGUUACAUUGGAGUACGACGUACCGGAGAGGCAUUCUGUGAAAGAUUAUAUUCAGGUGCUCAUUUCGGAAGAAGAUUCGGCGGAGAUUGAGACAGGGUCGUAUCAUUAUGUACCCGUAGGAGCACACGGCCAACUUACUAUUAGCACCAAGGAUAUUCCACCAGCGAGUACAGUUCGUUUCGUGUACGUGAAGAGCGACAUCAACACAAUGUCCCGAGAAGUGGUCGCCAGUGGCUGCAAUGCGGUGGUACAGGCUUCGGUGGGCGAGAUUUUCCAGUACGAAUUGUUCCUAUAUGAACGUGUGGUUGAGGUGGAAAGCAUCCCGGAGUUUGAGUUUAUAGACCAGCCUUUGAUUGUGCUCAAGCGGAUCGGUAUUGUCGUUGGAGAGGACAUUGACUGGGUCACUAUCCGCCCAGACAAUCAUAUCGUGGCAGUAAAUGACAUUCGCAUCGAUGCGAUGGAGUUUGCAGAGGCUGUGCGUGUAUUGCAGGAGAAUAAUGGGCGACAAUGCACCAAGCUCUUGAUGCAGAAUUACUCGGCAUGUGGUGACUUCAUUCCAGAGAAAAUUCUGGGGGUGGGAGUCGUUGGCAAGUACGCUUACUUGCAUCCUGUUGACGAGGAUCAAGAUGGUGAGGGUGACGAACAGACAUACGAAGAAUGGGUGCGGAAUAGCCAGAGUGAGAAUGGCGAUGGCAAUGGUGAAAGUGACUUGAGCCUGGGUCCGGUUAGUGCACAAUUGUCAGCGAUCCAGAUGUCGACAGAUACAGCAGAGGCGCCAGCACCGCCUUUCGUAUUGUCACCGAUGCUUCAUGCAGAGGAGCGUCGGGUGGUUAGCAAGGUGGUUGCUGAUGAACGUGAUGACCCAGCGACGAUGGACAGGGAAGAAAAGAUAUCCGCUUCUUCAACUAUAGAAACGGUCGUGCCGCUCCACAACUCGUUACAACUCAGCGCGCAAGAUUAG